AUCCCCCAGAGUGCAAGAUGACGCAACAGGGGGGUGAAUACAUUGGAAGACAAAAUGUCACCCAUUCGGGUUUUCCUUGCCUGCCCUGGAAACUCGCAGAAGAUGAAGAUAAAGAUAUCGGACCGUCAAUCCCAGAUUCAGAAGAGAUAGACGAAACUCACAACUUCUGCCGGAACUCCGGGAGAGCGAUUGCUCCCUGGUGUUGGAUCGGAGAUGAGAAUGGUCUAAAAUUCGAAUAUUGCGACAUCAUCUUUUGCGAUUUCCGACAAUUCCGACCUGGAACCAAGGAAAACGUGUAUCCAGAAUGCCGACUGUCCCAGAAGGGGAAGGAAUACGUGGGGACUCAGAACGUCACCAAGACUGGAAAAUCUUGCCUCUUUUGGGACACUCAACCGUAUGGUACCCCGUGGGAUUUCAACUUCGUGGAGAGCUACACACACCAGUUCCUGAACAUGGAUUCGUCUCUCCAUAAGAACUACUGUCGAAACCCAGGAAUGUAUAGAAAGAAACCUUGGUGUUUCGUCUCCGAUCCCUGGAUCCAGUGGGAGUACUGCAGCAUCCCUUUCUGCCACGACCCAAAACCACCUGAAUGCAAGCUUACGGAAAAGGGGGGAGAAUACAUGGGGAGGAAGAACGUGACCAUAUCCGGAUCACCCUGUCAGCAUUGGCUAGCCCUGCUUCCCAGAUUUUUCGACCGAGUAUUCGAAUUCUUCUCGGCGUUUUCCGAUGAAGUGGAUGGGAGCCACAACUUCUGUCGCAGUCCUACUUACUCCUUCCAAGGUCCAUGGUGUUCGACGUCAUCGGUCGACGGGCCCACAUGGGAGUAUUGCGAUGUUCCCUUCUGUCCAAAGAGCGAUGGAGAGCAAUGCAGUAUCAGAGUAUCGGGUGAAUGCAUAAGUGAGUAUCGAGAACGUCUUAUUUUCUGGACCAUAUUCAUUUUCGUGGAAAGUUUUUCCCGCCGUAUUACUUCAUGGAACAUGUUUCAACAUUGCAUUGCACACCACCAUGACAAUAUUUUUCUUCCAGCUCCAAAGGAAUGCAAAGUAGACAAGAAAGGUCUGACGUACAUGGGAACAAAAAAUGUGACGAUUUCGGGAUAUCCAUGUCAGCCGUGGUCGAGCAGGUUCCCAAACAACCAAAAUGACGUGUGGUUUUACGAUGACAUGGGGAGUUCUUUCCCUGACGACUUGUUCCCUUCUCACAAUUUCUGUCGGAACCCGACCGAAUACCCAGAUGGUCCAUGGUGCUGGAAUGGAGCUGGGACGAAUCCUCGUUUUGACAUUUGUUAUAUCCCAAUCUGU